GGGAGUUCGCGGCCCGGCCUUUACCUUGCUCUGCAGCCGCCGCGCUCCCGGCACAGGGGCCCAAGGCACCGACGCCGCCACCGCCACCGCCGGCCUCCAGGCGCCGGCCGGGACGCAGCAGCAGCAGCCGCCGGGCGAGCCAUGCGCGGCCACCCGGAGCUCGCCUGCGUGGCGCACUCGACGGGGCUCCCAGGCGGCGGCGGCGGCGGCGGAGGCGACGGAGGCGACGGCGGGGCCGCAGCGAUGCUGGACGCGUCCGAGUCGGCGGGCCACUCCCGGCAGCUGCUGCUGCAGCUCAACGUGCAGCGGGCCAAGGGCUUCCUGUGCGACGUGAUCCUGGUGGUGCAGAACGCGCUCUUCCGGGCGCACAAGAACGUGCUGGCGGCCAGCAGCGCCUACCUGAAGGCCCUCGUGGUGCACGACAACCUCAUCAACCUGGACCAGGAGAUGGUCAGCCCGGCCGUCUUCCGCGCCGUCCUGGACUUCAUCUACACCGGCUGCCUGGGCGACGUCGAGGGCGAGCCGCCGGCCGCGCAGCCCAGCCUGGGCGCCGUCCUGGCCGCCGCCAGCUACCUGCAGAUCCCGGACCUGGUGGCCCUCUGCAAGAGGAAGCUGAAGCGCUCGGGGAAGUACUGCCACUUCCGCGCCGGCGGCGGCUACUCGCACCUGGGCAAGGCGCCGCGGGGGCUGCGCGCCGCCACGCCGGUCAUCCAGAGCUGCUACUCGGCGCCGCCGCCGCGGCCCGUGGAGCCGGGCAACCCGCUCAGCACCCACUGCGGGGAGCUCUACGCCGCCGCCUCCUCGCAGGGCGCGCCCCUCCACCCGCACGCCCUGUGCCCCCCGGAGCGCCUCUGCUCGCCCCUCUGCGGCCUGGACCUCUCCAAGAAGAGCCCCAACGGCCCCCCGCUGCCGCUGCCGCUGCCCGCGCCCUCGUCGGAGAGCCGCGAGAACUCGCUGCCCCCCGGGCCCAACAGCCCGGCCGUCAGCGGCGCCCUGCUGCCCGGGCACCCGCCUUUCGGGGAGGCCGCCUCCUACCGCGGCAGCCCCGGACAGGAGCCGUCGGGGCGCGCGGAGGUGGCCCCCGAGUUCCUGUACCGCUGGAUGAAGCACGAGCCCAUGGUGGGGGGCUACGUGGAGGACGAGGACGACGACGAGGAGGAAGGCGACUGCCGCGGCCGGCGGGACAAGGGCGGCGGGGCCGAGGCGGAGCUGGACCACAAGGCCGAGUCGCCCCCGCCGCGCCGCUACGCCGGCCUGGACGGCGCCGAGCCCGACGGGGAAGCCGAGGACCUGGAGAACGACAAGAGCACCAGCGAGGAGACGGGCUGCAGCAGCGGCGGCCCCUCCCCGGCGGCCGGCAGCUUGGAGCGCUACCUGGGCUACGAGCCGGAGAGCUUCGGCGGCGACAACCUGUACGUGUGCAUCCCCUGCGGGAAGGGCUUCCCGUCGUCGGAGCAGCUGAACGCGCACGUGGAGGCGCACAACGAGGAGGACGAGUUGUACCGCAAGGAGGCGGCCGAGGCGGCGGCGGCGGCCGGGCAGGGCCCGCCGUUCCUGGACAAGCCCCUGAGCGCGCCGCUGCUGUCGGGGGCCCCCGGGGGCUGCGACCUGCUGCGCCCCUACCGCUGCUCGUCGUGCGACAAGGCCUACAAGGACCCGGCCACGCUGCGGCAGCACGAGAAGACGCACUGGCUGACGCGGCCCUACCCGUGCUCCAUCUGCGGCAAGAAGUUCACGCAGCGCGGCACCAUGACCCGCCACAUGCGCAGCCACCUGGGCCUGAAGCCCUUCGCCUGCGACGCCUGCGGCAUGCGCUUCACCCGCCAGUACCGCCUCACCGAGCACAUGCGCAUCCACUCCGGCGAGAAGCCCUACGAGUGCCAGGUGUGCGGCGGCAAGUUCGCCCAGCAGCGCAACCUGCUCAGCCACAUGAAGAUGCACGCGGCGGCGGCGGCGGCGGCGGCGGCGGCCUCGACGGGCCCCGACGGCAAGCUCAAGCUCGACUUCCCCGACGGCGUCCUGGCCAUGGCGCGCCUGGCCCAGCAGCAGCAGCAGCACCCGGACAAGGACCUGCUCUCCGCGCACUUCCUGGCCGCCGACCCCAAGCUCGCCAUGGAGAGCCUCUACCUCGGGCUCAGCCCCGACAAGGCGGCCGAGGUGUUGGCUCAAGGGGCGGCCGCCGCCGCUGCAGCUGCCGCCGCCGCCGCCCACUUGCACAACGACCACCACGCCCGGACCAUAGACCGCUUCUCGCCCCCCUGACCCCACAGCCUGCCUGCCUGGCCGGAGACUCAUGGCUGUGGCUACCGCGCUGGUCAGCCGGAGGGACCACCGCCCGUCGGACACCCCCCCCCCCGCCCCGUCUUUUCGGGCCCUCUGCGCCCCCGGCCCCAAGC